GACAGCGCCGGGUACUGAUGCUGCUGCCCGUGUAGUCGCAUCUAUCCUGGGGGCCUCCUCCCACUCAUCCCAGCUCGAGAAUCCGCAUGUAGAGUCGUUCGGUGUCUGUCGCAGAAAAAAAGUCUCCGCAGUACUGCAUCGGAAUAAGGGCUCAGUGCACAAAUCUUCUUCAACUGUAUUCGUGGCUGUGAGUGUGGCGCUUUUCUGCAUCAGCGCAAAGGAAGUUCUGUUCAGUCGUGCGGUGGGUGAUGCUGUGAGAUGCGUCGUGUUUAGCGCACGGAACCCCGAUUUAUUUGCCCAGACGGGAGAAUAGAAGAAGCCAACAGUGCAUGUGGGCACGUUUUAACUUUGAUUCGGAUUUUUUUCAGGAUGUUUUGACGGGUGCUCUCCUAACGGGUUGACUGAAGAUUUCGCCUUCAAGAGAAGCCCAUUCGAGGCAAAAAAAAAGCAGUUUCAAAGGAGGACAAGCAGCCUCUCCGCACGGGAUUUAAACCUACUGUCUCUUCGGCAUCUUUUUCAAUCGAGAGAGGAUAGCUAUUAACAGAAGGAGACAUGAAAGUUUUUCCGGCAGUAUUGUUUCUGAUCACAUUUUGGAGUCUGGAGUGGGAACCUGUUCUUCCCGAUUCAAUCAUUCACAUCGG